CGACAAAGCAUUUGGGAGAAGCAGCGAUGUUGCACGGUAUGGAGGGUGUGCAACUCUUAGCAACAAGGGGUCGGUUUACAGUUCGUGUAGAAUGAACGACUAGCAGCCUUGAUUAAGAAAUUGAGAGGGUUAGAGAAGAGGUACAAACAGGAUGAAAUUAUAUAAAGUGCUAUGAUAACAGCGAAACCAUAUAUGACUAGAUAACUUUUGUAGUAUAACUCUUCUAUGCAGUGUUUACGACCUUUCCAAGGAAAUUCAGUGUACAGUGUAAAUUGUAAAUAUCUUGAAUACAUAGAACGCUGCAAAGUCCAGAGUCACAUUCAUCAUGGCAAGGGGAGAGGACAGAGAGCAUCUUAUUCAGGAGGUGUCUGACUUGGACCAACAACUGCACUCCUUUGUUGCCAACAACUCUACGGAAUAUGGCGAACCUGAGGAAGAAGUCAAGGGCUGCAAGCGCUUCCUGAAAGCAGUACAACAGCUGAAGAAUAUCACAAUAGAGCCAAUUCUCUUCUUGUAUUUGCUCUCCUGGACUAUCCAGUCUUCUAUUUCUACAAAUCUCUUGUUAGAUAAGGUGUGUAUUGAAAAGAAUUUCUCCAGUGAAAUCUGUGCGAACCUAUCAUCGUACCCAAACAACCAGAUUGAGGUACAGCGCGUUGUAACGAAGAUAAACAUGUACAUGGAUUUGCUCACCAAUAUACCAUCAGUAUUAUUUGUGCUCUUCUUGGGGUCUUGGAGUGAUAAGCAUGGGAGAAAGCUGCCGAUGAUCUUGCCGUUGGUGGGGAGUCUACUGUCUACCUUACUGUAUCUUAUGAAUGCAUAUUGGUUUAGUCUUCCUGCCAUCUAUAUUCUUCUGUCGGGAGUGCCUCGAGCUCUGACAGGUGGCUUCAUCACCUUGAUAAUGGCAUGUUAUGCAUAUAUAUCAGAUAUAACCAAGAUAAGGAGUCGAACGAUGCGUAUUGCAAUCUUGGACCUCUUCAUGUUCUUGGGAGCACCUGUAGGUCUGCUUUUAAGUGAUGUUAUGUAUUAUUCCAUUGGAUACUUGGGUAUAUAUGGGAUGAGUGCCUUGCUCUUUCUGAUAGCAGUUUUAUAUACCAUUGUGCGGAUUGAAGAUACACGAGGCCGCUUUUCUAAAUACCACUUGGAAGCUUCUGAACUGGCACACAAUCCAGGAAAUAUGUGCAAAGACUUAGUGGACAUUAACAAUGUGAAGAAAAGUAUUGCUGUGUGUUUUAAACCUCGGAGGCACAAACUUAGGGCCAAGAUUUUGUCUCUGAUGGCAGCCAUGUGUGUCCUUUUAUUUGUGUUUGGUACUACUGGUGUUGAUUAUCUCUAUACAAAGAGAAAAUUUGGUUGGACCUACGACCAGUACGUCCAUCUUGGCUUGGUAGAAGUUUUUGUUAGUGUUGCUGGAAAUUCUAUUGUGCUGCCUUUGUUGAGCUACAAGCUGCAAAUUGAUGAUUCUGUGCUGGGCUUUGUGGGAUGCUUGUUCAAGAUAAGCAGCCUUAUAAUCAAAGGUCUUGCAACACAACCAUGGAUGCUGUACCUAAGUUCCUGUGUCAACUUCCCAGGAGGAUUGCCAUUAAUCAUCAUACGAUCCAUGAUGAGCAAAAUCAUUCCGUCAGAUGAGUUAGGCAUGAUUUUUUCCAUGCUGGCUUCAUGGGAAUCUAUCCUCCCACUGCUCUCUCACCCUCUGUGUACUCUUGUGUAUAAUGCUACCAUUAAAGAUUUUCCUGGGACAGUCUACCUCAUGAGCUCACUAUUUGUUGUGAUCUCUGCUGGAAUCUUUGCAUGGUUGAUAAAGAAUAGAAAUUUCACAUCACCUGAACCUCAUAUUCAUGAAGAUGAGAUCAUUCAGAGUGUAGAAAGCUGAAAAAGUCUAUUGGACUAUGGACUCUAAAAUGAACUGCUGAGGGAAGUAAUACUCAUAAGUCACAUGAAAGAAGUUACAACUAUGAGUAGGGAAUCAUUAAGAACAACUAGAAAUUGUUGUUUGUAGAUAUUAGUCAUGAGAUAUAGUUUUUUCAAGUAACCCCCAUUAUUUGACAGAUGUGCCAGGGGUUGACAAUGGUGUGCUUAUACAUGACCUUAAAUCCAAUCCAUUUCCUACUAUAUUUUCAUUUCUUUUUCUUUUUCUUUUCUUUCUUUCCUUUAUUUCUUCUUUCUUUAUUUCUUUCAUUCUUUCUUUCUAUAUUUUACUAUUAUAAAUUUCAGUCUGAUAUGUAGGUAAACUGGCACAGGAUGAAUGUCAGAAAAUGAAAUAUUAGGUAAUAGAAGUUACUUCUAUUUAUAUAAGAAAGUUAUGAGUAAUUAUGUGAAAAUUGCCAAAGUUUUUCAUUGUAUGUAGUAUGAUAAAAAUUAUUGUAUGUCCAGCAAAUGUGUUGAUAUUCUGAACAUAAUUAUGUACAAUAUUCAUUUGCCCAUGUCUAUCUAUCUAUGUAUAUAUAUUUGUCUUUCUAU